UGUACACGAGAAGGAUUAAAAGCUGCAUGUGUGUGUAAAAGAGAGAGGGUUCUUUUUGAGAAAAAAAAGGUCUCAAUGUCUGUGUGUUCAGAAAAUGUAACAUUUGUAUCCUGCUAAGAGUGGGAUUCCGAAAAUUGCUUUGGCCCCCCGCUCCCUCUUCCCGUUAAAGUUUGCAAAUCCUUUAAUGUGUGUUUGUCUCUGGAUGUAGUGAAUGGGGAGAGCCCUUUGGCUUUGACAACGAGGCCGCCGUUUAGCGGAGCCCGGAGCGGGGAGGGGACGGGGACCGCGCCGAUCUCCCCUCCCAUCGACUGACAACGGCGAACCUCCAACAGCAGAGCAGUACUGCCAGCUUUUUGAAUGAGUUCCUUUAGAAGAUGCCGGUCUGGAAGAAGAACAUGCCUUCAUGUCUGCAAGCUGACCACGAAAGAGAUGAGGGACCAUACGCCAAAUCUACAAACCCAGCAAAAUCUUCCGAAGGCACCUUGGCAGUUAGAAGACAAAGUAUUCCAGAGGAAUUUAAAGGUCAAACUGUAGUUGAGUUGAUGAAGAAGGAAGGCAGUACCCUGGGGCUCACAGUAUCAGGUGGAGUAGACAAGGAAGGGAAACCAAGAGUGUCCAAUCUUCGGCCUGGAGGAAUUGCUGCGAGAAGUGAUCAGUUAAAUAUUGGAGACUACAUCAAAUCAGUCAAUGGAAUCAAUUUAACAAAAUUCCGGCAUGAUGAGAUCAUCAGUCUCCUGAAGAAUGUUGGUGAGAGAGUGGUCCUUGAGGUGGAAUAUGAGCUCCCUCCUGCUUCUACUCAAGGCUCUGGGAUUAUUCUCAAAACUGUGGAAGUAACUUUGCACAAAGAAGGAAAUACCUUUGGAUUUGUGAUUCGAGGAGGAGCACAUGAAGACAGAAAUAGAUCCCGCCCGAUUGUAAUAACCUAUGUCAGAGCUGGGGGACCAGCUGACAGAGAAGGCACAAUAAAAGUUGGCGACAGGCUGUUGAGUGUUGAUGGAAUACGGUUACAUGGAACCACACAUACAGAAGCUAUGAGCAUUCUCAAACAGUGUGGACAAGAGGCAACAUUAAUAAUCGAAUAUGAUGUGUCUGUCAUGGAUUCAGUAGCAAAUGCUUCAGGCCCACUGAUGGUGGAGGUGGCCAAGACCCCUGGUUCAAGCUUGGGCAUUGCUUUAACUACCUCACUGUACUGUAACAAGCAAGUCAUAGUCAUAGACAAAAUAAAAGCUGCCAGUAUUGCAGAUAGAUGUGGAGCUUUGCAUGUUGGGGAUCACAUACUUUCGAUUGAUGGCACCAGCAUGGAGUAUUGCACAUUAGCUGAGGCAACUCAGCUUUUAGCCAGUACCUCUGAACAUGUCAAGCUAGAACUGCUUCCUUAUCAUCAAACACGACUUGCUUUGAAGGGACCAGAACACGCUGCUCUGGUAUCGACAUCAUUCUCUCCUACCUCCAUGAGUGCGUAUAGUCUGAGUUCCCUGAAUAUGGGAACGCUACCUCGCAACUUGUAUCCAACAAGCCCACGAGGAACACUGAUGAGAAGAAAAAUGAAGAAGAAAGAUUACAAGAGCUCUUUGUCUUUAGCCUCCAGUACGGUUGGUCCUGCAGGGCAGAUUGUCCACAGUGAGACAGCAGAAGUAGUCCUGACCAGUGACCCGAUCGUAGGGUUUGGAAUUCAGCUCCAGGGUGGUGUCUUUGCCACAGAGACCUUGUCUUCUCCACCACUGAUUGCAUAUAUUGAACCUGACAGCCCAGCAGAAAGGUGUGGAUUGCUGCAGGUUGGAGACAGAAUUCUGACAAUCAAUGGAAUCCCUACUGAAGAAAGCACUCUGGAGGAAACCAAUCAGCUCCUUCGGGACUGUGCAGGCACCAGCAAAGUCACCCUCGAAAUAGAGUUUGACGUCGCAGAAUCAGUUGUACCAAGCAGUGGCACAUUUCAUGUGAAGCUACCAAAGAGGAGUGGUGUGGAACUCGGCAUCACCAUCAGCUCACCUGCCAGCAGAAAACCAGGAGAUCCACUCAUUAUUUCAGACAUUAAGAAAGGAAGUGUUGCACACAGAACUGGAACAUUGGAGCUGGGAGACAAGCUGCUUGCUGUAGACAGCAUCCGUUUAGAUAACUGUUCCAUGGAAGAUGCAGUUCAGAUCCUUCAUCAGUGCGAGGAACUUGUGAAACUCAAAAUACGCAAAGAUGAAGACAACUCAGAUGAACAAGAGAGCUCUGGGGCAAUUAUUUACACUGUGGAGUUAAAACGUUAUGGUGGUCCAUUAGGAAUUACCAUAUCGGGCACUGAAGAGCCUUUUGACCCAAUUGUCAUCUCGAGCCUAACAAAAGGAGGUUUGGCUGAAAGGACUGGUGCAAUCCAUAUUGGAGACAGAAUCUUGGCUAUAAACAGCAGUAGCCUGAAGGGUAAACCCCUAAGUGAGGCUAUUCAUCUCUUACAGAUGGCAGGAGAGACUGUCACACUGAAAAUUAAAAAACAGCUUGAUGUAUCCAGUCCUAAAAAAUCAUCAGUUUCUGGUCGGCUGAGUGAAUUGAGUGAUGUUGAAGAUGAAAUUCCCACUGUACAGAAGCCUGUCAAGCUCUGUGAGAUGUACUCUGCUACGAUCCCCAGUGUGGAUAGUGCAGUGGAAUCCUGGGAUGGGUCAGGCAUAGACACAGGCUAUGGAAGUCAAGGUCCUUCUGGAUACCAAGCCUCUGGCUACAGUCUUCAUGCACAUGAAUGGAGAAGUGCCAAACUAAGUUUCUCACCUGCCAGCAGGUAUCAUAAUAACCCAUACCAUGAAGCAGCAUUGAGUGAUGAUGAAUGGGAUCAACCUACCACUAGUGGUUAUGUAGGUGGUCAUGACGGCAUAGAAACAGAUCAAGAAGAAAGUUUUUGGUCCCAAGCUCUAGAAGAUUUGGAGACGUGUGGUCAAUCAGGAAUCCUGAGAGAAUUGGAGGAACCUAGCUCCUCUUUAAAGAAGGCUGGCAACCAAAACCAACUGAAUUUGAAAAACUUGGCUAUAUUGGCAACAAUCAUGUCUGGAAGUGCACUGAGUCUUAAUCAUGAAAACAGUAUGACACACAGGCCACUGGGAAGACAGUCCAGCUUCCAAGAGAGAAAUCCUGUCAGGGUUCAUUACACCCAGACUUCCCGUAGCAACACUCUACCGUCAGAUGGUGGGAGAUCGAAGUUGCUUGCAAUUAGAAAAAUCAAGCAAGAAAUGAAAGAAAUCAUGUCACCAACACCAGUGGAGUUGCACAAGGUAACACUCUAUAAAGAUUCAGAUACUGAAGAUUUUGGAUUCAGUGUUUCAGAUGGCCUGCUUGAGAAAGGAGUGUAUGUCAACCACAUUCGUCCAAAUGGACCAGCUGCCCUUGGUGGUGUCAAACCCUAUGACAGGUUGUUGCAGGUAAAUCAUAUCCGUACAAGAGAUUUUGACUGCUGUCUGGUGGUGCCUCUCAUAGCAGAUUCUGGCAAUAAACUUGAGCUGGUCAUCAGCAGAAACCCACUGGCCUGUCAGGAGGUGCUCUCUCUAGAUCAGACGUCCCAAGCAGGAGAAUGGAGCGAGCAAGACGAAGCUCAUGUUUUCAGGCAACAGAAAGGAAGACUCAGUAGUACUGAUAUACAGGAGAAUACAAAUACAUUGUAGUACAAUGCAUUCAGUCCAAAAGGCUGAAGUAUUGUCUAUACUUUUAAUGGUGCUAACUCACUUUAAAAAUGUUCAUUUGUGGAACACCUGCCUUUUCAGUCUGUCAUGUCUCUCACAGGUUCCAAGCACAGAUUUCAUAAAUCAGCAGAAACCUAUUUUUUUGAUAAGAUCCCCUCCUUUCAAUAUCGCAAAUGACAAAAAAAAGCUAGUUAACAGGUUUGACAAAACUGUGAAACAUAACUAAGCCAGUCUAUGCAGGGCACAGGCAUGAAACAAAACCUGUGCACUACUAUGCCAAGAGUAGUUUAUUUUUUUCCUGGUGAUUACUGUCUAAAUUCUGAAAAUAAAAUUAACCUUUUUAUUGAUGUUGCCAGCUGGUUACUGGUCAAAAGAAAAUAUACAUGCUGCAUAAAAUGUAAAAUGAGCCUUUUUAAUUAAAUUGAAAAUCUUGCUUAUAUCCCAAAGCUAGAGACGCAGCACACAGUCUUAUCCCUAGUUAAUUGUAUAUGUUUAAAAGAAACUGUCUAAACUGCACAGACAACAGUUUAGUUAGUCUUUGCUCAAUUGGUUUCUGACCCAAAGCCUUUGUUCUUGGGGGCUGUUAUCUUUUAACAGAAUUCUCACUUGGAAGCAGUGUGAACCUUAUAAUGUGAUCGUUAGCUCCAAUUUCUAGUAAUACUUAAAAUCACAAUGCUCAGACUUGAACAUUGACGAUUUCCUUCUACAAACUGCAAAAAUGUAAGAACAAUAAGCUUUCAUUUUUGAUCUUUCAAAGCACUGCACUGACUUGCAAAAGGAGAAUGCUAAUUGCUUGAAAAAUAACACUAUUCCUGUUUCAAAAAAAAAAUAACCACAGGUGACCUUCUCUUUGCCAGGAUUUUAUGGCCUCAUCUUUUACGAUGGGGAUUCUAAUAUUGCCACCAGGACAAUAACUCUUGAUAUGUACCUGCCAUUUCAGAUUACCAAGUCUUAUUAUUAAUUCAUUAAUCCAAAUAGGUAAUCUUAAAUCUAUUCAUUUGUGUCUUCUACAUAUUAAGAUCCAGCAGUGGGCUGGUAAAUAGUUGAUUAACACAUUUGUAUUUGUAAAAGAUUGACUUUGUAAAUCAGUAAAACUGAAGUAUGAACUCUUUGAUGUACAUGAAUUUCAAGGCUGGUUAAAAUGUUAGUAUUAUUGGUGGUUGUGUCUCACUUCAGUGAAUCAAAACAAACCAGGUUAGAUGAUGUUAACUUCCACCAUCAGGUGAAAUCUGGCCAUGAAAAGGAGCAAUUUGGAACAAACGAGCAAUGAAAAGAAAUCAACCUGAUACUCCAGGUUUUCCAACCAAUGGUAAAAAGUCAAAUUGUUUUUAGGUGUCAAGUGUAGAUUGAGGAAGCAUCUGUACCCUGCUUUGAGCCUCCUGAAGAAUAGAGUCAUUAUG